AUGGCCCAAGGCUCUCAGAUCUCCGACAUCGCCUAUGCCAAGAAGGGGCACGAAAAAUAUGGUCCAAUCGUACGCAUUGGCCCGAACGAGGUCUACAUCCAGGACCCAGCGUUCUACGAGACUCCGUAUGCGCAAUCUCGGCACUCUGACAAGCUGAAAAAGUUGGAGCAUCGUUUUAACAACGAGCUAUCUAUCUUCUUUUACAACGGCUAA